CCAGGACGCUCUAAUCUCAUAAGGAAAUAUUACUGAUUAGUUCCCAUCGGUGUUGGUAACUAAAGGCUUCAUUGAAUCUCAGCGGGGGAAAAAAAACGCGGGUGCCAACUGUGCUAUAGAGACUAUCAUCUUCUUGGUGGGUCCACUGUUCUAGGGUUUGCACAGUUCCAUUUUACUUUUCAUUUCCGAUCCAUAAUUGUCCCAACGCGAUACACCAAUUCUUCCUUCCUUUCAUCUCGUGAAAUCCAAAGAGUUGCGACACGUUAAAUUGUUUUCCAGGUUGCGCAUAUCCAGCAUGCAGGCAUCGCGGGCAAGGCUGUUCAAGGAGUACAAAGAGGUGCAGCGGGAAAAGGCUGUUGAUCUUGAUAUUCAACUAGUUUGUGAUGAUUCAAACAUUUUUAAAUGGACCGCUCUUAUCAAGGGACCCUCUGAGACUCCUUAUGAGGGUGGUGUGUUCCAGCUUGCGUUUUCUGUUCCGGAGCAGUAUCCUCUACAGCCACCUCAAGUCCGGUUUUUGACUAAAAUAUUUCACCCAAAUGUGCAUUUUAAGACUGGGGAGAUUUGCCUAGAUAUCUUGAAAAAUGCUUGGAGCCCUGCUUGGACACUUCAAUCUGUCUGUAGGGCUAUAAUUGCGUUGAUGGCCCAUCCAGAACCUGACAGCCCACUGAAUUGUGAUUCAGGCAAUCUUCUGCGUUCAGGGGAUGUUAGAGGGUACCAAUCCAUGGCAAGAAUGUACACGAGACUCGCGGCAAUGCCAAAGAAAGGCUGAAUGAUUUUAGAUAACUUGUUUCCUAUGUUAGUCUAGGCAACAAGUUAGCAGUAGAUACAUCAGUUCUGUGUUCCAAUCUUAAUUUGUUUGAAAUGUAUACAUUUUAAGACUUGAUAUUGAUUGUUUGAUGAUUUGUAUUAAAGUAGUGACUUGUACACAAUGUACAAAGUGUUGGUGUGACCUCGCAUAUCUGGAUUCGUGCCAGAAUGAUCUCAAAUAUUCAAAUAAUCCUUGAUUGCUUCAGUUUUAUGAAAUCCAUAUCUUGAGGUUGCAUUCAA